AUGAGAAUCAUCUGGUUGAUGUCCUUUUUCUCACUGGGACGUACGCUGUCCCAGGAUGAAUCAUCUGCCGCUGGAAUGCAUUGGGUCUCGACUUGGACGGCAGCCUCACGUGAUGUUGGCGGCACCAACCUCCCUCCCAGUCCCUACGGUGGCUCUUCUGUCACGGUACAGUUCAAAAAUACCACGAUUCGACAGACAUUCCGCUCUUCCAUUGGUGCCGGGCGGAUUAAAUUUAAGUUAUCAAACCAAUUCAGCAAGCAGCCUUUGCCCAUCACGGCGGCGUCCAUAGCCCUGCCAAAGGACGGCGCGACCGGAACAGCGGAUAUCCAAUCAUUGUCAGCCAAAGAGCUUACCUUUGCCGGCGCUGCAUCCGUUGUGCUGGCACCGGGUGAAAUUAUCUACUCAGACGCCAUCGAAUUCAACCUUCGGCCGCUGUCGACCAUUGCACUCUCGUUAUACUUGAGGGAUGGCCAGUCCGGCACGGUGCUCACUGGACAUCCAGGUAGCCGCACCACGACCUGGCUCCAGACAGGAAACGCAGUUAAUGCUACAUCGGUCGCUGAACAAAGCAUGAUCGGCUGGUUCUUCGCCGCGCAAAUAGAGGGCUGGGUGACUGGAGAUCAUCGCGGGCUGGUUGCCUUGGGCGACAGCAUUACAGACGGUCUUGGCAGCGAAACGAACAAGAACAAUCGAUGGACCGACGUUCUCGCCGAAAGGCUUCAGCAGACUGGCAUGACAUCUCUAGCAGUCAACAAUCAAGGCAUUGGAGGCAACGCAGUUGUUCAAGGGGGCUUGGGCCAGACACUCCUCAAACGAUUUCAGAGAGAUGGGGUCAGCCAAUCUGGCGCCAAAUACCUUCUCAUAUUCGAGGGGGUAAAUGAUUUGGGGUACUCCGGGUUGGACGCUGCCUCACAAGAACAGAUGUUUGAGAAUCUCACCAGGGCAUACACCGAUCUCGUCUUUCAAGCUAGAGCCGCGGGGCUCAUCACUAUUGGCGCAACUAUCACUCCGUUUGGGGGUAGCGGCUAUGCGCAUCCCUUACGGGAAGCAACUAGAGUCAGGAUUAACGAUUGGAUCCUCAAGCAUAGUACGUAUGACCAUACUGUGGACUUUUCAGCAAUGGUUGGAAAUGGAAGCGAUAAGCUAUUGCCUGAGUACAGCUCAGACGGUCUUCAUUUAAGCGUGGCUGGCUAUAAGCAAAUGGGUGAACGGUUCCCCCUCGAAAUACUACAGUAG